CCAACUCCAGCAGACUGUUCUCAGGCACGCUGCGACAUUGUUUUUGAUAUCCAUUGUCCGCCAGAUAGUCUAAAGAUAGAGGCUCAACGGGAAGAAGGUGAAUGCUGCCCUCGCCCCCCUCAGUGCUUAUGUGACAUGGGGGCGUGUCAUGAUGUUGUUUGUGCUGAGGGUUACCAGUAUCAUGAGAUGAGUGCUGGUAAUGGGAGGCCGGGAUCAUGCUGUGCUACAUAUGAAUGCAGACCAAUCAUGGACCCCAAUCAUUGCAAUGGAGUUGUUUGUCCGGAUAGCUCUGAAGAGAUGUGUCCUCCUGAUUCUAAGGCUGUGAUGGGAGGAAUGUCAGAUGAUGGCUGCUGUAUCCUACCAAGCAGAUGUAGCUGUGCCCUAGAGCGAUGUAUGACACCAGUCUGUUCUCAAGGUUAUUCUCCUAGGAGAAUAGCCAGUGGUACUAUAGAACCUGGAUCAUGCUGUGAUGUCUAUGAAUGUGUUGUUGGUAUUGUAACAGAAGGUUGUACCCACCAUGAACGCAGCUACCGAGAUGGUGAAUCCUGGACUGUAGGUAACUGUAAGACCUGUCAAUGUGAGACUGGUUGGGCACACUGCAUCGUCCAACAAGACUGUAACCUUGAGGAGAAUCAGCUUUGUCUUACUAGUAGACAUGGUAUCAAGAUUCAUGGGGAGAAAUGGGAUGAGGAUGAUUGUACUAUGUGUGAAUGUGUUGAUGGCACAUCGGCUUGUAUGACUUCUAGCUGUGUAGUCAGAUGCUACAAUCCAAGGACAGUACCAGGAAUAUGUUGUCCAGUCUGUGAUACUGUGACUAACUUCAUAACCAUGCACCCACUAGAUUGUCCACCACCACAGUCUAACUGCACAUUACUGUGUCCUUAUGGCUAUGAGAAGGAUGAGAAUGAAUGCCCUAUCUGUCAAUGUCUUCCAGAACCUGUGCCGACACCAUCAACGUCAAGAGCAAUACCAACAACAAUGUUGCCUUCAGGUUCAGAAGUAUCAACAUCUACAAGGAAUGAAGCAGCAACAUCAACAAUGACCACACCUACAAGUACAAGGCACAUAGAAAUUGUUUGUCCUCUUAUAGACUGUGUAGAGAGCUGUAGUAAUGGCUAUGUGACUGACAAGUAUGGAUGUUCAUUAUGUGAUUGUUUACCAGAAAUCAGUGUUUGUGAGGACAUGAGUGAGUGUACGCGGAAGUGUGCCUUUGGUUUCCGUCAAGAUGAGAAUGGUUGUGAUACGUGUCGCUGCCAGCAAUGCAAGCCUAUGGAUUCCUGUACAAAGUCCUGUCUCUAUGGUUAUCAGAUGGGCCGUCAUGGAUGUCUCAAGUGCAAGUGUAGAAAGUGUCCUCUCCUGACAGACUGCAAGAAACUCUGUACACAUGGCUUUGAGAUCAAUGAUAGAGGAUGUCAGAUAUGUAAAUGUCAGGCAUCAAGUGGGUUAGAUCCUAAACCAUCUACUCCAUCUGAAGGCUCAUGUCAAACUUUAGAUCUUGUUGUAUAUGAUGAUGGUGAGAGUUGGCAUGAUGGAUGUCGUCAGUGUUACUGCAGUAAUGGACAGGAGAUGUGUAGUCUAAUAACAUGUCAGGUACCAGCCUGCAGUAAGCCUGUUAUUAGACCUGAUCAGUGCUGUCCAACAUGCCAAGACUCUGAUGUCACCCAUCAGCCAACUAUUCUCUCUGAGGUUUGUCAAUCAGCCAGUGGUCAAUACUACAUAGAAGGAGAGACCUGGAUGCUAGGUCAGUGUACCUCAUGCAUGUGCCAUGCAGGACAAGUGCUAUGCUCAUCAGAAGUAUGUCCACCGUUGCCAUGUGUCAAUCCUGUUUUCAAGAAUUCUCGCUGUUGUGCAGAAUGCGAAGACGUGCUUCCUGAGGUUGCUAUUGGUGAGCCUACGUUAGAAGAUACCUGUAUGUUACCUGAUGGAGUAACCUUUCAACAUGGUGCUACUUGGAAGGAAGAUAGCUGUACUAGUUGUCAAUGUAUUGAUGGUGAGAUUAUGUGCUUCUCACAGACCUGUCCACCAGUUGAUUGUGAUAAACCACUUCUUAAGAAAGGACAAUGCUGUCCAGCAUGUAUUGAUCCUGAUACAAGGCUUGUAUGCAAGUCAGGAGGUGACAUCUAUGUUAGUGGAGAAACUUGGAGAGUUGAUAACUGUACCAGCUGUGUCUGUGAGGGUAGCAGAGUAUCAUGUACAAUAUCACACUGUCCUGUUAUGAAGUGUGAAAAUCUGGUUUAUGUAGCAGGGACAUGUUGUCCAGUUUGUCAAGAUAAAGACAUAUUUGAACCUGAAACCAAAUGGCCUACAAAGAUUUCACACACUGAUGAAAAAGAUUUUGAUGCAACUGAGCCAGUUCCAAGCCCUGAAAAACCAAAGACGAAAAAACCUUAUCAUGAUAAAGAUUCCAACAUUGCGGAACAGUCUGGUGAUAAUCAGACACCUAUUGCUGCUAAACAUCAUCCUUUCCCGGUCUACCCAGUCGUUAUGUCAAUUCUCGUUAUCCUCCUUGCAAUCUGUAUAGUCCUUCUACUUCUUCUUUUCGUCACAAAGCGGCGCCACCGCUUGCUCUAUCACGUCAAUGUCAAACCCAUCGGGGGUAAGGGUCAGCCACCCCCAGCCAUCACUACUACGGCUGUUAAGACAAAAAACACAGAUGUGAAAAAUAGCAACAAUAGAGACUCAAUUCGAGAUUCUGCCAUGUUUAAAGACAAUUUACCAGCAAAGUCAGGUGUUAAUAGUGUGGUGUUAGAUGGGAAGGAUAUGAAGAGGUACAGUGAUUUAUUUGCCGUUGGAAAAAGCAUUCAACCCGUGUGAGCUAGAUGUAUCAUCACAGACUCUUUAUUUUCUCAUUAGCUUGUCUGAAAGACCUUAUGAGAAAUACCACAGAGAUAUUCUACAAUGUCAGUAACCUUUUCUUCAUUUGCCAAGAUUUUAAGUCUCAUUGUUAGGAAAACUGUGGUAAUAAAUGCAUCUCUAUGAAGGAAGACCUUGGCCCCUUUGUUUUGUCAACUUAUUCAGAGAAAGAGGUCUGCAGGAACUGGAUUCACAUGAUCGCUAUGCUUGUAAGUCAUAAUAGCCUCUAGUUUGGAUAAACUACUAGCCAAUAUAACUGAUAUCUCUAUUAAUUCAACUUUGGAUUAGCUAUUCAAUACUUCAUAAUGUUCAUGAAUGACUGCCCUAAUCUGUCAAAGUUGCAAUGCUAUCUGAUGGCCAGAGUGAAUACAUAGUAUACCUUUGUCCCAUAAUGUAUAACUGAAGGGUAAAUCCAGAGUGUACCGGGUAUUUAUAUUUACAGUGAGGCCAUACAUAUUGUAUGUGCCAUUAAAGACUUCAGAGAGCAUACAUGCGAAUCUGAAUAGCUUUACAUGCACUUGAAAUUCUUGGAGAGAACUAUUGAAGUUCUGUGAAAUUAUUGAAUAAUUAGAUUCAUUUUUAAUGACACCAAUCUUUGAAUAUACAGCUCUGUGUGAUUCCACUAUAUGGAUAUCCUCUAUAGUGUUUGGAGAGGAAAUGCAUAGUACACGGUUCAAAGGAUCACCUUUGUUUAUGUACAGUUAGUGAAACUCACUUAUAGUGCCAAACUUGUGAUAGGAUAUUAUAGUUUAAUCAGUGAAGGAAAUAAUGAUCAUCUCAAAGUGAAAAAUCAUUAUAAAUUUGAAGCAGAAACAUCUGUGGUGCUUGACAUUGUAUGUAUGAUGUACCUUUACAUUAUAAUGUUCAUUAUAUAUGUCGAAAACAUGAACAUUUGUUAAUCAUCAGUUGUCACAUUUGAAAAACGUAUUCAUGUCAAUGUUGGAUUUGUCUGAAACACUGUGAUUUUCUUAUUCUCCCUUCAUCCUUACUUUGCUCUUUAUCUCUCUUCUUUAUAUUAACUUGCUAAAUAACUCAACAGUUUUACAUCAUGAAACAUAUGUAGAGAUACACUACUAAUCAAAAGAAAGAACAUUACUUUGUGUAGAUUGUUAUACAUUCACUGCCAUAAAAUCUGUGUGUCAUGUAUAUUCCAAAUCUAUUUUUUUGAAGGAAGAUACAUACAUGUGUAUGGAGCCCAGUUGUGAAAUGUUCCUUUGACAAUCAAUGCAUUUACUCUUAGUGACUGAGUGUUAAUGUGUAUAUCCUAUUGAAAACUGAGUCAGAUUUACAAAAAAUGGAAGUUGUAUAGUAUACAUUGAUCCGUUGUGAUCAUGAAACUUCUCGAGCAAUGAUGAUGUUGGUCACUUGAAUAUGAAAUAGGGAACGUAUUCUUUUAUAUGGCGUUAGAAGCAACGUCGCCCUCAUCUUAUACAUAUUUUAUAUGACUUUAUCUCAUGUAUGUAAUUAAGGUCCCCAGAAGAUAGGGCUGGUAAAGGAAGAUAUUGAUUUUUGAAAAGUACUAUUAUGUGUGUAUAUGGGUCAUGAUAGGUUUAUAACAUACAGACAACAAGUGUUCCUCUUCGCUAACUCUAACCAGGAAUUUAUUCCAGGUAAUAUUCUCUUGAUUAACAAUGUUACUCAUAUCUACCAAAAGACUGACAUUUAUUAUUAAUCACUAGACUAUGAAAUAAUUCAUUAUGUUGAGUUAUAAAAGUACUAACUAUAAGCUCUUGACUAAAUUCAUGAGCUUUGGAUAUGUAACAUUAAUCUUUACAAGUAUUGAUUUUAUUUGCAAGUAAAAUUACUAAUUUACAUUGACUGGACAAAAACAAAUGGUCGCUUGGUUGGCUGAAGGGCCGUAUGUUGUGUAUGACAAGGGUGGCUGGCCCAAGGGUGGUGGGUGUAUAUGAGCAGCCUGGCUGGCUGAACGGCAGCAGGUUGUACAUAACCAGUGAUUUUCUUUGUUGCUGGUAUAAAGCACACGCUACUGUAUGGUGUGGUUUGUCUUUCUGCCUGACAAACAGGAAUGGGGAUUCAUGUCAAUUCUAACACCCUUCUGCCAGCCAGAUGACAAAAACUAUUUUCUAAAUAACAUCCCAGUGCUAACAACUAUUUUGGAAGAUAAUGAUGUGUAGACCUAGUCUCAAAAGGUUUGCGAUCAAUUGGUGUUGUCUAAUCCAGAUCAUUGUUUGAUCGUUUGAUAGUUACAAUUGUUGCAAAUCUAUGUGAUAUGGGACCCAGUAGUGGACUUAAUUAAAUUCCAUUCAUUCUUUAUCACAAAAGCUCAAGCUCAUACUAACAACUCAAGACUUAUUCCAAAGCAUUAUUUCCAUCUCUAUUGAAAUUCUGAAAAAGGGAGAUGAAAUAUUAAAUACACUGGAUAUUAUUUUAACUCAAGAUUUUGUUUGCUUGUUUUCUGUUAAAUUAUUGUUGUUGCCAGUUAGCAUUAACAAAGAAUUUUGCAUUUUUUGACUCUUGAGACCCUUUUGUAAAGGGAUGUUGUACAUAUAUAUACAUAGAUAUAAUAAAAUAUAUAUAUUACUUGUGGCAAGGCUGCCUAUUAAGCAUUGAUGCAAAGGACUGGAGCAGAAAAUAAUAAUGUGAUGAAUUAUUUGUUUGCUUUCUAUGUUUUUUUUUAACUUGUGUGUUGAACUUUUGCACUUUGUGCCUUUUUUAUUUGUCUAUAUUGUAGUAUGAUUAAUGUUAUCUUUUUAAAAGUGUAUCCAGGCAAGGAUCAUAUUGCCAAAAAGUUGCUUUCGUUGAAAUGUCCUAUUUUCACUUGAUAUUGAGAUACAAUUGCUAGUGAUAUGGUAAAACCUUGUAACUCAAUUUUGAUGAACAUACAUUGGUCUGUCAGGAUAUUGCUUUUCAAGCUGCAGGAUAUAGUCACUAUUCUGUCAAUUUAAGUUUAAAACCAUAUAGGUUGUCGAUUUUAUAACAUAAAACUUAGUGAUUAAUCACAUUGCUGUUUUUUCCAGGUGAUUCUGUUGGUUUACCUAAACUAUUCAGUUUCAGAGAAACAAGGUUUUAUCUCCUAAUUAGUAUUCCUUUUUUUAAAUCUUGAUCUUGAAAUAAUUGGUACCAUAAUAUACUAUUGAGACAGGAGAGUGAAGAGUUUAUAACAGGGUAAUGUUUAUUCAUUCUCAUUGUAUUCCCUAAACAUAUUUGUAUACUCAAUUUAACCCACCUAUGAUGUCAUUAAUGUGUAUUUCUGCUAAGAAAUUGAACUUUGAUAAUAUAUGUUCCUAGAAUAUAUGGUAAUUAUUGUAGUCUUGAAAAAUCACCCAAAAUUUCCUUGUUUGUGAUAUAAAAAAUAUGCAAGAGUAUUUACAAAAAGUAUAAAUCAAUGCUUGAAUAAGAAUUGCAUUCCACCUUGAGUGUGAAAAGUCUCAAAAUGACAGAAAUGGUCAUAGACAGUAACUCUACAUGCAAUAUUUGCUUUACUUCCUCUACUACUAGUAUCAUUACUAUCAUACAUUAAUAUUGUUUGAUUAUUUCCUCCUUAAAUCCAACAUUUGAUUGAUUGAUUGGUGGUGAUUUUUUACCUGAUUGCUAAGAAAGCAUGAAUGCUUGUAAGCAAGCAACCAGAGGACCGACGGCUUAAGGUCCCCUCCGAUGAGUGUUGUAAUACCAAAUAAGCUCACUCCCCAUACUAGUGCAAAAGAAGAGACUGUUAAACAUUCUAUUGUUAAUUUAUUGCAAUGAACAAGUCCCAUACUGGUAUCAUGUAGUUAAUUGUUAGAGCCAGCGUAAUUGGAGAAUACAUUGUAUGUUGUAUACCAGUUGUGAUGUAGUCGCCUCUCAAACAAAUGAUCUACUUGUAUUUCAGUUUGAUGAGUUCAUUUCCAAUCCAUGCUUGUAUGAUACAUCUAGACUACAAUACAUGUAAAUCCUAAUAUAUUUUCUAUUCCUUGUUUUAGAAUAAAAUUCUGAUCUACUU